ACAUGUAUCUACCUAAAUGAGUCUGGCUUGUAGACUCGGCACUUCGUGAUGAUGAACGCGUCAUACCUUCUGCUGGCCACUCUGGUUGUGUCGGCAAUGCAUACCGUGCAGGCAGAAUAUAACCCAAAUGUGACUGUGACGUCAUGUAGCAGUACGGCCGUUGUCAUACACAUACAACAUGCAAGAGAUGGCGGAAUAAUCUACAUACAGGAGCGCGGACCGGAAUGUAAACUUGUCACUUCCGCCCUGUCACGUGAUUACAUAUUCAACUUUGACCUCUGCAACAUUUCACUGGAUACUAUGUUUCGGGUAAUCGUACAGGAGAGACCGAACAUACAGACCGGAAGUGAUAAAGUAGUUCCAGUCAUGUGCAUCGUGGACUUGGGAGAAAUCAUGGUUGGAAACGUCAUAAUGCCACAUAGUGGAGAAUCAAGCCAUGGGAUAAACAAGACGACCAAACCAGUUGCCCGUAUGAGGAUAAUUUCCGACCGUUCAAAUGACGUCAGUCAAGGAACAGUCAUUCUCAGUGACGAACUACGCAUGGAAGUUUCACUCGACAAGGAGUACAGAGAUGACUUUGAAAUCAGUGCCACCGAUUGUUCGGCAUCUGAAAUGGACAUCAUCAAAGACAGGUGUUCAGCAGACGACGAACUAUUUCCAGAUUUUGUUCGCGAUUCAAAUGGGAGCCUCGUUUCCAAAUUCAAAGCCUUUAUCCCGACAGAUUACGAGGGAAGAGAAUCUGUGGAGAUGUCCUACUCGUGCACGUUAGUAGUGUGUCAAGGAGGCUGUGAACCGACUGUAUGCAGAGAGGUGGUUGGAUGGGGUAAGAAGAAGAGGAGAAAGAGGUCAUCACCUGAAAAAGACGUAGACAAAAUAACCUGUGGAACAACAAUUCGAGUUAUCUCCCCUCAUGCUAAAAAUGCAGAACUAAAUCAGGCAGACACCACAGAUGAAAAUGUGAAUAUCAACAAAAACAUCAUGUAUGUUGUGGCUGGAUUAGGAUGCCUGACCCUAGUGACGGCAUGGUUUUUGAGCUGUUACCUAUAUCAGCGCCUCCUGACGGCAAAGGGGGAAACCAGCAAGGUCAGCGUUGCACGUGCCGUUGGUCGACGACUGUCUGCCAUGUUGAAUAUUCCUUCCGGCUACGAGCUGAAUAAUCAAAAGAUGAUGCAUUUCUUACCGGAAGAGGAAGGGACAACAGAAAGACGUAAAUCAGUGACAACGAUGCACAUUGGGAAACUAGACAGCUCCGCGUACUAGGAAGAUUGCACAGAUAUGUCCUCUACUUUUGUUUACGAGAUACACUCAAUUAUACACAUACAUCGUAUAUCUGUUUGGGCAACGGUUAAUUUUGGAAAUAUAUGUUGAAUAAGUGGCAUCAACAGUAUGUUGAAGAGUGGAUAUAAAACUCCUACAGUUGAAGAUAAAUAAAAUGUU